UGGGCUCAUUGAGCAUGUUUGAGAAGACUGUGCUGAUUUUCAACAUGGCUACGCCCACUGCCAUUGAUAGCUGUAGCUAUGCACAGUAGGCAAACGCGAUGUCUGAUGAGAGCUCCCAGUACAACCAUUCUCAGUGGACAGCUCUGCAAAUCUCAAAAGCAUCGUGCCUUCUGACGGUCACAAUCACUUUGAGUCUCGCGAGUAGUGGUGUCGAUUGUGGUGGAACAAACCCACACAGUCAUGUCCGCGUAGAGUCAUCAUCAUCGGUGACUCAAAGUCGAGGUAUAGCUUCUGGAGUUUCAAGAAUGUAGCUGCAUACGCAUCGCCCUUCAAAAAAAAUCCCGACAUCAACUUCAUCACCAAGUCCGUCCCACCACUACUUAACAGUCCACCGAGCCUAUCACCAAGGACAAUA